AUGCGACUGCUGGUCCGCUUGGCUAUCUUCGGCAUCCUCGUUGUCACAUUCCUAAUCUUCACGGCCUAUAAAACUGCUUCGAGGACUUAUACGGACGAUGAAACGGGUAAGCGGAAGGAACCUCUUACGAUAAUUUAUGCAAAUUUUGGUGAGAGUUUGUUAUUGGAUGGGUGUUUUCGAUUAGAUUGCAUCCAAAAUGAAAAGAAAGGUAAACAAGACUUUGCAUAAACAAAAUUUUGCGUUUUGAGGUUUAAAUUUAUAUUGUGGUAGGUCCGUGUCAUCAAUUUUUUAUUUCGCCAGAAGUUAUCUCAAAUAAAUAUUCCAAAAUUUGAAAAUGUAAUUUGCGCCGCGCCUUUAGCGUUUGUAUGGAUAUUAUGCUUCAUUAGUAAGCAUCAUUUUUCCAUCAAAAUUAUGUUGCACUUGGCAAUUCUCAUCGUUUUUUAAUUUGCCAUAAAAAAUGAGAACUAUCACCGAAUGUGGAGUGCAAACUUUGAAUAUAUAAUUUUCAUUGCAAUAUUUACAUGUCUAAAUGGGUCGAAAGCUUAAUACAAUCAAACUUUUGGGCCAUAUUUAUAUAACAUUAGCACCCAGAUUAUCUCCUGUUCCAAGUUCUGACCCCGUUUUUCAGAUGAAGCAAUCAAACUGCUCCUGGCGACCGGAGACAACCCUCAGGCCAUGGCAGGUCUAGUGCAGACCUCCAACAAGGCGGGUAUCCAUCCAGCGAACGAACUUACCUUCAACGUGGCGGUGGUAAUGGUGGUCUCCCUACUCAGUGUGGCCCUCCUCAUUACGGGUAUCUGUUGUCAGUUUUUCUUCGCUUUCGGCUUCCUCUUUCUUGUGUUCUGAUUUAUUUUUCGAGCGAACGCCAUUUUAAUUAUUUUAUUGAUGGUAAUUUAGACACUAACACCUUCUUUUGAGUUUCUGAAAUUCUUUUAAACGUUAUAAAUGAGUAGCCGAUGCUAAAACUCGAAAAAACAAUCCAUCUCCCGUUCGUGCCCUUAGGCGAUUAACCACUCUAAUCCCGGGAAUGACGUCUUUUGUAAGGUUUUUGGAACAGCGAGGAGCAACUUAAGCAGGGAUUUGUUUGUUUACUAUUUACACAACAAACAAUUUGAAAGAAAAAGUUUGUCUCUCCUUGAACCUCCAAUAAAAACUCGAGUAAUCGAAUUGAAAAAUUUUAGUUUUAAGUAUCUAAAUAGUAGGAUUAACCGUCUUAGAUUGUAAAGAGUCAAAUAGAACUGUUCAAAAUGUCUCAAUUCCAGGUAUAAUCGUGGUGGCCGUUACUCUCGAUCCCGGAGAGAGUAAAUAUCGCCAGAUCGAGGAGACCAACGACAAUCUGAACAUAGAUUGGGAGGGAAUGGACAACGAAGAGGAUACCCGAGAAUGGAAUAAUGUAAGUGGAAAUGGAUAUUCCGCUUUUUUCGAGUAAGUAAACUACAAUCCGCCUCUCCGUUCACAUUAAUGAAUAGAACUUUUUUUGUAAAUUUACCAUUCUCCAAGAUCCUAUAGCUUUUGGAAUACUCAUAGUGUUUUUAAAGAGGUCUCGUGAUAGGAACACUAGUAAUUCCUCGCCUUUUUAUUGUAAGCGCUUUUUGUAAACGCGAUUGUGUAUUUGUAAUCCGGGAAUUAUUUACAGAAAAUCAUGAUACAUGAAUUACGUAACCGAGAUCGGGAAAGAUCUACUAGAGAAAGAGAGCACUAAAGGUGUGAUUUUUGGAAUAAUUAAGGUACCCUUGGCAUGUGUAAUGUAAAAAUUUUGUGGUAGUUAGAAAUAUAUAUGUCAAUAAACUAAAGUCCGCGCCUAAAAUUAUAAUUGCAAUAAAUCAUUUGGUCAAAAAUACCGUUGAAACAAGCAGUUUCUAUCUUAAAAAUUAUUUUUUAUGUAUCAUGUGUAAUGUAAAAAAAAUUGUUUCGAUUAAAAUGGAAAUCUGAGAUAAAACUUUUUUCUGGAAUAUCACAAUUAGUCUUUUAGCGAUCUUUUUUUUAGUGAUGCCGUUCCUAAUAUUUUCCUAACAAUAAGCAUGUAGUACAAUACAAAUAUUAUCUUUGUUAUGUCAAUAUUUCCUUUUAUUUUGCAGAAAUGUGAAUGACAAUUCCGCCUGUCGCUUAUCCUCAUCUUUCAUGUCCAUCUACAUGUUCUUUUACCUUUGUCCUUUUGUCUUUCCGACUUUUUUAUAUCAUCCAUUGCCAUCUAAAUCCCAUUCUUUUUUCAGCAAUCCAUGACCUGGGAAUCCCGAGAAGAGCCGCUUCUGAAUCUCUGGAAUCCAGUGUAA